AAAUCAUUGUUUCAUAUUGCUGGUCUUCAAUUUGUUUCUGAGCUGCAGCUUUGGAUGUUGAGUGCCGUCUUUGGAGCUCUGGAAUAUGGUUGAGAACAAAACCAUGGCUUUGACAGCACAUGAAGGAUUAAUUGCUGCAUUGGCUGUAUCAACUGCAAUAGGGCUGAUUGCUUCUGCUAGUCACGACAAGUCUGUCAAAUUGUGGAAAUAAAUCGUGGAAAUGAUGGUUGUUUUCAGAAUCCCCUAGUAACAACAGAUGCAACACAAGAUUAGGGUUUUUAAUUAGCAAUGAUUGUAGUUUGUUGCUUCCAUUUGGUGUUCUGUUCAUCAUGACUCCAAUUCCCCAACAUCUAACCUGUCUUGUUGUAUUAUAGAUUGUAUAGUAUACUGUUAACUUUGAUAUUCUGGGUUAUUUGUGGACUCUAAAUGUUUUGUUCUCAUGAAGAACAUUAGCA